UCCGGAAUGAAUACGUGACGUACUUACUCGUACACAUGUAACUGGGGUCAGUGUGUUGCUGGUUAUUUUCGCUGUAAUCACAAUCGUAAACUUGAUGCCACUCAAAUAGUCGCCAAGGAGUCUUUAUUUUUUCGACAAUGACUUCGAGAGGGACUCCAAGUCGCUUUCUCAAGAGCGUGCUGCAGAACGGCGUGGGGCGCUACGUGUGUCAGCUAAAGCGCCUGUCUCUCGUCUUCUCCAAGGUCGGGCAGAGCUCACUAGGGGCCAGAGAGUAUAUCGAAGAGGGUGUCGUGGACUUCGCCAGACAGAAUCCGGGCAUCGUGGUCUACGUGUCUCCUCAGAGCCACACAGUUCCCAAACUCGUAGCGGAAUACCUGAACGGUGCGGUGAAGGAGGAGCAAAUCGCCAGCAAGACGUCUCAGGAGAUCGCCCAGCUGAUCACCAAGCUGACCGGGCAGUCCGGACUGGAGGUCAUCCGAAUCCGCAAGCCCAUCCACACCGACAGCCCCAGCAUCCAGGGCCAGUGGCACCCCUUCACCAACCGGCCGCCUGCCCUAGGAGUGCUUCGCCCGGGGGACCGGCAGACCCAGUGACCGUGCUCUGCUUUGCAGUGGAGUGGACUCAGGAUCAGUCUGCUGCGCUGCUGUUUGGGCCAUCACACGUUUCAUGAGCUGGAGGUGGCUGCUGCUGCUGCUGUGUUUUGAGUGAAAGUUCCUAGGCAGACAUUCAAAGAUAAAAUAAUUAAUGUUCGGUAAGGAGCUUCAGGGUGGCUCAAGCCAUAAAGGCACUCAUCUGGAGAUCUGUUUGAGCUCUGAUGUGAUGUGGAGUCCUCACUGGUUCCAGCGUGAGUCCCUGCUCUGAUAUUUCCCUAAGCAGCAGUGCAGGUGACCCCCAGCUGCUGGGGUUUUACAGCACACACAGUGACCCCUGGGUCCUGUGCUCACUUGUCUCCGCAGAGCUCACAGCACAAAGCAGUGCUGGAUAUGGCGCUGUCCUUCUUCCUGCCGAGCUGACUGACAUAGUGAAAUUUCAGGCUGGGAGGGCAAGAAAAACAACGAUUUGAAACUUAAUUAAAAAAUCUACUGAAACAUCUUAGCUCAGCCCUUUAAUAUGGACAGUUCAUGCAGGUGCUAACAGCUGGUAAAGCCUGAAAUGGACCACAAACCGCUGUGCAGUGGGAAUAAUAACAAGCAAUGAAUGAUGUAGCUGCUCUGCUGCAUGAUAAGCAGGGUCUCAACAGUGACAGUGAGAAGACUCCUUACAGCAGUGCUUACCACAGCUGAGGUUCCUGUGCUGGCCUCCACAAUUUGUCUCCUUUUUUCUCUCUGUGAAAUGUUUGGUUAAUUUUUUUAUUUCAAUUAUAUCUUUAAGUAGCCAGCACACUGGCUUCAUAAUACUUUCUUCGAGGUUAAAAAAGAUGCAGUCAUUGCCCUUUAUGGCCAUAUUUUUAAAAACAUAGAACAAGCAUAAUGUUUUUAUAACCUAAUCCCUAAACUAUGUACUCUGACAAGUGUUAUGAGCAGUCCUGCCUCUGCUGGUGUCAUGAAAGAUUAUGAUACAGUUAAAUUUAAAAUGUAACCCCGAUGAAGGUGUCACGCUGGCUACAUUCAAAUAAAGCAUACGUCAGACUUUGGCAAUAGUA